AUGGACCAGGUUACGGGACAACGGAGUUUUUUCACGUGCUUGAAAUGACGAUUAUUAUCAAAGGUAAACGAACAUGAACAACGAGAAGUCAACAGAUAACAACACAAGGCAACUUGAGGGCACUGUUAGGUCAGGCAGAAUGAGUGCUGGUCAAACCACUACUAAAGAACCGAAUACCGAGUACAAACCAAGCACUCCACUGUCUACCAACUCACAACAAACUUAUGACAAGGCAACGUCCACCAGCGAAGACGAUAUUGGGCAGGGAUGGCGAAAGGAAGAUAAAAAAUCUGCCAUCAUGGACAAACGUUAUUCCAUCGCAGAGCACUUGGAGACAGAGAACGAUGCGGAUAAUAGGUUUGAUAGUUACGCAUCAGUAGAUCGGGGAGUGUCUACGUCCCCAGAACUGUUCGACGGGAACGGACCAGACAGGAACGAUGUUGAUUCUAGGCAAGAGGGUGGGAUUUUUAAUUUGACAGCAUUCAGGGAUAAUGCAGACGGUCAGUCUGAAGGCUACUCUGUGCCUUCGGAUCUCCCGUCUUUAUUACCGAAUGUUGAAAAUGAAAAACAGAGAGCCAGACUUGGGUCGCCUCAUCUACGUGCUGAAACGAGCGAUAGACAACAAGAAGUGACAUUUGAUGAAAGGGACGAGGAAAUAUCGGAUAUCGAAAGUGACAGUGACGAUAGCAGUCUCUUUUAUGACACGGAUCUGGAAGCAGAAGAGCCAGAAGUGGACAGGGACAUUAAUGGUUUACAGCGCUAUACCAACUCCUGUAUCGGACUGCGUGUUCCCCCCGCCACGCCUGUGAUGCGCAAUAUUACCACCCCUUCCCUAGACAUACCUUACUACGGCUUAGGAGAGAGGGGAUCUGUAGCCCUGGCCGUGCCGCUUGAGGUCAAUACAACAGUCAGUACAUUAAAUUUGAAAGAGAACUGUUUGGGUGAAAAAGGUGCCAUGAAGCUGGCGAUGGUCAUCAAGGAGAAUUCCUUUUUAAGAGAUGUGAACUUAUCAGAUAACAAACUCGGUAAACAAGGUGCUAUCUUAAUGUGCCAAGGGUUGAGGAACCACAAUUACGUUAGGAACGUCAACUUGUCAAAUGUUGGUUUCACAGACAAGGAAGCUUCGGCAGUCGCAGAGGUUAUUGAGAAUAAUACUAAACUAAGAGAAUUGGAUUUAAGUCACAAUGAAUUUGGAACAGAGGCAGGGAUUGUAUUAGGACAAUCAUUAGCUUCAAACGACACGUUGGAAGUUUUAAACUUAAGUUGGAACCACUUUCGUCUUCGGGGAGCAUGUACUAUUUCUGAAGGGGUAGCGGUAAACGACGGUCUUAAAAAGUUACAUCUCUCUAUGAACGGAUUUGCAAACCAAGGCACUCUCACCAUGGCAAUGGCCUUGACCUUGAACUCCACCCUGGAAGAGCUUGACCUCAGCUGCAAUCGCAUCCCGUCCACCACUGUGGCGGAUUUUUCUCAAUGUUUGGAGAAAAACAGCACGCUCAAAAUUUUAAAGCUUGGCUGUAACCCCAUUUUAUACAAAGGUGCAAUAGGAUUAGUGGAAGCUAUAAACAAAAACGACGCCAGUAAAUUAGAAUUCCUGGAUCUCAAGGACGUCGUCGUGCUCAAAGACUUCAUGGAGAUUGCCGACGAAAUAAAAGAAAAGCGAAAAUUUCAAGUCGUCACUGGAUCGGUGUCUGGGGUGAAAGGCCUAGAGAAGCAAAUGGACAGAUUUGGUGACAAGAACCCUCUGGAAAUUCUCCUUAUUUUCAUGCAAGAGCAGGGCAUGCGGCUGACGGAUCUGUUCCGCACGUUCGAUAAAGACCAAAGCAUGAGCUUGUCUCGGGAGGAAUUCAUAGAAGGGCUCAAGUCUGUGAACACUCCACUCAGCCAGGCACAGUUGGAGGAACUCAUUGACAUGUUAGACAAGGAUGGCGAUGGAGAAGUGGACUUAAAAGAGAUUUUGAACAUCAACGUGGAAUUCAAAGACAUUAAGCGGAAAGCGUACGAAGAAACUAAAAAAGUGAAAGAAGAGAAGAAGCAGAAGAAGCCCCUUCCCGCAAUGCAAGCCAUAGCCAAGUUAAUGCAAAAGAAAAACGACAAAAAGUUGCUCGGAGAUGACACGGAAUUUGAAAACCAAGCUGACAGAGAAAAGGCACUGAUGCGAUCUGCGGCAGGGCUUUGGAAGAAGCCGAAAGAAAACGCACAAUCGGUUGCCAAUUAAUCAAUAUCAUC